AUGGCGUCGCUGUCCCUGUCGGCGCCUGUGGAAUUUGAAUCUGGGUUUGCUCGUGGACCUCCACGCCAUGCACGAAAGCAUUCACGACAUCCUACAGCCGCUGCACCGCUGCCUGCCUUCACUUUCAACCCGGGUUCACCUUCCAGCAAACAGGAUGCAGCGGAAGCCGAGAAAGAGAAUAUGAAAGAGAUGGAAGGGGAGCCACUGGACAUGGGUCUAGGUCAUAUGCGACGGUCUUCGAAACCUGCUCCUCUACCUGAUUUCACCUUCAAUCCUGGUGCAGAUAUACCUGUGCAACGGACGCCUAGUCCAUCGCACCCGAUCCUAGAGGAAAUGGCUCUGAAUCAGCAGCGGGUCAGCAAGUCAGCUAGGCCGGCACCGUUGCCUGCGUUUACUUUCAACCCAAGUGCUCCUACAGGAUCUACAAGCCCAACCAAACUCGAAGUUAGCAAUGAGUCCAGCAACGGCACUGGACACAGAAGAGGAGGAAGUGAGUUUGUCGGUGGAAAAGCAGAUGGUGUGCAACUUAUUACGACCAGUCCUUCAAAACACGAAACGAAACCCAGUGGCCCACCUGUCUCCUCGUCAGCCUACAAAGGACACACUCAUAGAAGGUCUCAGGCAAUCUCGAUCUCAGACAUUGACACGUCUGACCUGAUCAAACAACAUGCUCUGGCCAAAGCGCGCAAUCCUUCUAAUCCUUCCACACCACAAGACGGAAACUUUGGGUUCACAAGAGCUAGUCCCAGCCAUCGAUACACUCCGUCGACUUCGCGAUCACCACCUGAAUCACCGCAAAGAGGAGGAAGUGUGUCUAAUUACAGGCCACGUACAGUCGAUUUUUCAGAGAAGGUCGACGUGAUACCACGGCCCUUGUCUAUGAUUUCUUCAGAAACAGAACGCAGUAAUUCGACAAUCCGUGGCCAUUCCGUGACCAACAGUAUUAAUUCCAUAGCUAGCCCGACACAUGUGAUGCCUGCAGAUUUAAUGACAACAAUAGGCUUUCCUCCUGCAGAGACUGCGACUGCUCGACGACCCAACACCGCUGACGCCUCCUUCCUUCUCUCAGACGCGACAUCGAUUAAAGCCGAAGAGCUACACCCAGUACCAAAAAGGCCUUUUUCCGCUUCCGGUUCGCCAGCAGUCUCACAAAGCGGUACUCUGCCACCCCGCAAGAAGCAUUCGUGGUUUCCGUACGGACCUGAUACCACACCUACACAUACGCCGAAAGAGGAGAUCUCGAAUCCUUUCGCCUUCGAUUCAGUAGACUCGCGCCCAGCUAUUGACAAUGCACAGACUCGGACGAAGACAGGAUCAAGAAGGCCGUCCAGUCUCAAGCACCAUAAGUUCUACACCUGGAGCGUAGGUGUGUUUCCGAAGAAGUCGAAGCCUCAUUUUAAGAAGAAAUCUCGGAGGUCGCCAACACCACCGAAUCUUUUCAGAAGAGACAGUGACACGUUGAAGGAUGUGUUCGACGCUGAUAACACAGUGGUCUUGCGAGAAGAUUCUCCUGUCAGUGCACGCAAGCAAAUGACACUGAAACAACAACUCCCAGCACCUGCACCACCUGAAAGUCCGUCUACAGAGCUAUCCCGACCCGUUCUCGACCUCGAUGUUGCAAUGGACCCUUUCGUCGACGACAGAAGGUUCUCUGAGGACCACGUUCGCAGCACGACAGCCAGAAUUGCGAAGCUUCACAGCAGUGAACGGAGAGCCACUGUCGAUGCCUUUGGAGUUAGUCACCGCCGAACUGAGAGUGCACCCGCACUGUCUCCAGUCAAUCGCUCUGCCUUGUUCGGUAUGCGUCAUCAGAACAGCAACGCCAGCCUAAGCGAGGACGUAUUUGAUGAGCAGGAAGAAGACAACUUUCUCGCUCAUGAAGAAGAGGUCAAGCUGCAUUCGAAUCAUCAGUCAACGACAUCCGUGAAUCUGCCGGUGCCUACAGAAAUUGAGGGCGGGUUGGGUCUUUCGAAUAUACCAAGUCGAGUCGAUGGAGUAGUCAUAGUGGAUUCGGACAACGAAGUAGACGCCGACGACAUCUGCUCGUCAAAGUCCACGAUCGGGGCACCUAACAUGACGGUGGGGAGUCUACCGAAACGGCCUGCAACUUCGCCGAUGCCAUUCACGUACCCGAAUCCUCAAUCCCUCUACGCAUCCUCAACAGAAGGCCGCACAACAUCUGCGUCGCUCAUCUCCUCACCGGAUGUUGACCAUGCAUCUUUUGAUCUUCAAGCACGAUCUCGUCGAUUCGAAUCACACACAGAUUCUGUUCGCCCUUCCACGGAGGAUCUGCCUUCCUUGAGCGACAGUGCAUCGAGCAAUGCUUUUACGCGAGCCUCGAGUAGUGGUCGUGUUCGACCAUCCCUCGAGCAAAGAUCCAACUCGAUGUUCGUACCAGGGUCAUCAAGGAUACACGAGAAUUGGAAGCGAUCGAGUCUAGCCAGUCUGAACAGACUUAUACCUGGCUCAUCGCACGGUAGUAAGCUACGACUCGAACAAGUAUCGUGUGGUGAUGAAGAAAAGACCAAAAAGAAGACAAACAGGCUCAGUAAGCUGAUGAAGUUCUGGCGGUCCAAGGAAUCCGAGAGCAAGGCAAAUACAUAA